CUUACGUCUAUCGAUCGUUGCUGAUCGUUUUUCUUAUAUGAUGUAUGAUCCGUCUGAAAAGGGCUGAUAUACUCGUCGUCUGCAUUGGCAGCGGUUCGUGUGCUGAUGCGCGAUAAGAGUAAUCUGCUACCAUCUGAAGGUAUGAGAAGCGUAAUACGGUGCACGGUUUUCUCUGCCAAUGGUUGUUGUUGUCGUUCCCAAUGGAGCGGUAAUUAAUUAUUCAGUGAGCUUGAUAGCAGAGAGUGCACUUGUGUCACCACCUUAUUUGAACCGAAAGCCUCGCUCGUACAGCAGUUAGUAUCAGCUGGACCGGUACCGAGUGUGGAUGCAAAUUGCUGCACGGAAAGUAGUAGAACCGGAAGCAUAAUGAAGACGCAAGUGUUUAUUAGUUUGGUGCUGCUGUUGGUCAAUCAGGGUCACGCAAAGCAUGUGAUCGAAAGUCAGGAACGAUUCGUGCCGUAUGUUACAAUGGUGAAUGAUGAGCCCGUCAUUGGCAUUCUGUCCCAGGAGCUGUCCUAUUUAAUGACGCAAAACUAUGGAGAUGAAGGGUACGACAGCUACAUUGCAGCGUCGUACGUAAAAUUCGUCGAGGGAGCAGGUGCUCGCGUCGUACCGAUAUGGAUCAACCAACCGGUGGAUUAUUACAAAAACAUUAUGUCCAGCCUGAACGGAGUGCUCCUACCGGGCGGUGCUACCUGGUUCAACCAGAGCAACGGUUAUGCUGAGGCUGGCCGACACAUUUACGAUAUAGCGGUGCAGUACAACGAAAAUGGCGAUUACUUCCCGAUCUGGGGUACUUGUUUGGGUUUCGAACUGCUCACCUAUUUGGCAGCGAACGGUAGCGAACAUCGGGCACACUGUAGUUCCAACAGCCAAGCACUGCCGUUAAACUUUAAGAACGAUUUUCGCAACAGCCGUCUGUUUGCCGGAGCACCUAAUGAUGUGAUCGACAUCUUGAGCAACGAGCCAGUAACGGCCAACUUCCAUCAGUUCUGUGUAACCGAAGCGAAUCUGACUGCUUACGGGUUGGAUCAGGAUUGGCGCGUAAUGUCAGUCGACCAGGACUGGAACGGGAUGGAAUUUAUCUCCACUAUCGAGCACAAGGCCUACCCAUUCUACGGUAUUCAGUUCCACCCGGAGAAGAACAUCUACGAGUGGGUGCAGAACAAGAACAUCUCCCACACCGCGAACGCUAUCCGGGCGGCACAAUUCUUUGCCGACUUUUUCAUUGAAGAGUCACGCAAAAGUGAUCAUCAGUUUACGAGUGAAGCUCUACUGGAGAAGCACGUUAUCUACAACUAUCAGCCGACCUUUACCGGACUGAAGCGAUCCAGCUUCGAACAGUGCUACAUGUUCCGUGAAUCCCCCAAAGUUCUACCUAGAGUAUCGAAAUCGAAGAAGAUCGGACUGAAGAAGAAGACCUUCCUGCGUAAUCCCGUUGGCGUUAGAGUUUAAUGCAGCAUCAGUAAGAGGAGACCAAAACAGGAACGGCAUUGUAGCAUACAAUGUUGUAUUAUCAGGGAAGUAACAUCAGCCCGUUCAGAUAUUGCUUAUUGACAGCUACUGUUGGCAAUCUUUACUGAUACCGGUCGACAGCUGAGAAUGAUGAUAGGAAGAUGAUGCAGACGACAAUUUGUUAUCUUAAUUAAUCGCGCCAGUGGGCACUCGAAGGGGGCAUCAUGAUUGGAAACGAGCAAAUAGAGAUAUUCACGUGCAACAGA